UUUGGGAGAUGUCCUUUCUCUUGUGAAAUUUGUUUGUUUUCUUAAUUCAUCUGAAGAGAGAGAGAGAAAUGGGGAGUAGUUAUUUUGGGGAACCAAACUUAGGAAAUGAAAGAUCAUCAUCAAGAAAGAGCAAGAAGAGUAAUAGUGAGAAAGCUAAGCAGCCACAAAGAGGUCUUGGUGUUGCUCAACUUGAGAAGAUUAGAUUGCAUACUCAAAUGGAUUGCACUACUUACAACCCUUAUGCCACAAACCUCAACCAGGAGAGAUCUUAUUCAUCAACUCCAUCAAUUUCAUAUUCAUCAACCUCUUCUUAUGCUUUUCCACCGCAACAAACCAUUAUGAUGGGAUUGGGUGACAUCGAAAGAGCAAAUAUUAGAUAUGGAGAUUCCCAGCCACCUUCUACAGCUAGUACUUGGCAUCCUAGCAAAUUGUAUGAGCCUCAGCAGUUUGCUCAGCCAAACAUGAACAUAUAUCUGCUUAACCUACAAAUAGAGGACUCAAUGGAGAAGAGGACCAGAAAUACCUCAAUUGGCUCAAGUACUAGUCAUGUUUCUGAAUCAAACGGCGACCAUGAAUUAGAUUUAGAGCUGAGGCUUUCAAUUUAAUUUGAUCUAACAUUGUUCUUCAGCAACUCGUGUAUGGAUUCACGACAACAUAAAAUUAUGCACAAGUUUAAGCAAUUUAUGGAAAUUUGUUAGUCUCUUCUGAAAUAAUUGAAGGAAGA